UCUUACUACAGAAGUCUGUGAUUAAAGUGGAAUAUCUGUUUUCUAAAAGUGAAGAUAUGUGUUUGAGGCAUAUUUAAUACCAUAUUUCGCUCACCAAACCAAUCUGGGUAAUCAGCAAGAUUUCAAUAAAAUCAGCAGUGUAUUUACAGCGUUUAUUUAUUCGAUGAUUUCACCAAAAUUGGACAAGUGUACAGACAUCAGUCAUUUCAAAACUCCCUUAAAGGAAUUUCUCUUACAAAAAAAGCUGAUUACAAGGAUUAUAAUAUGAAGAUGACUCUUUAGAGCGGAAAAAUGUGUACAAAUAAUACUCUAAUCAUUAAUAACGCGAGUAGACAUUUUUGUAUAUACAUAUAGACAUUUUGAAUAUAUAUAUAUCUCGUACACAUUACUCUUGCAAAUUGUUGCACCGAGUAUAAUAGUUUUGACUAUAACUAAGCUAUUGAUAAAGCAAGAAAAGAAAUUAGGUACAAUUCGCUGGGGCCCGAAAUAUGGACGUCUGUAGUAUUAGAUUCCAGCAUAAGAAAAUCAAUCAAGCUACUUGGCUGUCCCCCGAUCGAAUCACUCGCAACCAUAUCGAUCAUGUUGUGAUAGAUGGACGACAUGUCUCCAGUGUUUUUGAUUCGAACCACUACCUUGUAGCAGCUAAGAUACGUACCCGCCUCUGUGUAGAAAAACGCACACGCCAACAAACACAAGGAAGGUUCGAUAUCGAGAAGCUGUAAUCCCAACCGACAGCCAAACGAUUUUCUACUCGACUUGCACUCCUGCUCUCUGAGAGCUCUCUUCAGCAUCUCGGUAUAAGGGAACUGUGGGACGGCAUAUCAAGCUCCUUACGUACAGCUGCAACCGAAACUAUUGGCUUUUGGAAAUGUCAAAAAAACAGCUGGUAUGAUGAGGAUUGUCGUCUCGCAGUGGAGCGAAAACAGACUGCCUACCUCUCAAUGUUGCGAUCGACCGCAACACGAGCGGGAUGGGGAAGAUACCGUGAGCUGAAGACGGAAGCGAGACGCAUUUGCAGACAAAAAAAAAAGAAAGAGGAAUGUUAACCGGAGCACACUCCUGUAGGACCCCCAGAGGUGAUGUAGUUGUUGAUGACCAGAACAUGCAGAAUUUGUGGAGGGAACACUUCUCCAGCCUGCUGAAUGGCAGUGAAAGUACAACACCAUGAGAUGGCGAACCCUAUUCCUCAAUCGACGAUGAUGGAACAGAUGUUCCAUUGCCUGACCGGGAAAAAAAUAGAAAAGCACUUACCCGUUUCAAGAACAACAAGGCAACGGGGGCCUAUGGAUUGCCGGCCGAGCUAUUCAAAUACGGCGGCGAAGAGCUGAUAAGGUGCAUGCAUCAGCUUCUUUGAGGAAUAUGGUCGGAAGAAAGCAUGCCCGACGAUUGGAAUCUCAGUAUACUCUGCCCAAUCCACAAAACGGGAGACCCCACAACAGCACCAAUUACCGUGGGGUAAGCCUCCUUAACAUCGCAUAUAAGGUUCUAAUCGAAAUACUAAAUCCCACCAUUAACAAACUGAUUGGACCUUAUCAGUGUGGCUUUAGACCUGGAAAAUAUACAUCUGAUCAUAUAUUCACCAUGCACCAAUUCUUGGAAAAGACCCGUGAAAAGAGGAUCGACUCACAUCAUCUCUUUGUCGAUUUUAAGGCUGCUUUCGACAGCACGAAAAGGAGUUGCCUCUAUGCCGCUAUGUCUGAAUUUGGUAUCCCUGCAAAAUUAAUACGGCUGUGUAAGGACCUCUCCGAGCCGUUCGAUACCAAACGAGGUUUCAGACAAGGUGACUCACUAUCGUGUGACUUCAUUAACCUGAUACUGGAAAAAAUAAAACGAAACGAAAAAGAGAAACAAUUUUCUAUAAGAGCGUACAGCUGCUGGCGUACGCCGAUGAUAUCGAUAUCAUCGGAAGCAACAACCGCGCCAUUACUUCAGUUUUUUUCAGACUGGAUAAGGAAGCGAUGCGUAUGGGUCUGGUGAUGAACGAGGAUAAGACGAAAUAUCUCCUGUCAUCAAACAAACAGUCAGCGCAUUCGCGUCUUGGCUCCCUCGUCACUGUUGACAGUCAUAACUUUGAAGUUGAAGAUAAUUUCGUAUAACAUCCACAAGUCCCUCAUCAUUCCCGUCCUACUUUAGGGUGCAGAAGCGUGGACGAUGUCAACAUCCGAUGAAACGGCACUAGGAGUUUUCGAGAGAAAGGUUUUGUGGAAGAUUUAUGGUGCCUUAAAUAUUGGCAACGGCGAAUACCGCAGAAGAUGGAAUGAUAAGCUGUAUGUGUUAUUUGACGACAUGGACAUAGUCCAGCGAAUAAAAAGACAGCGGCUACGCUGGCUAGUUCAUGUUUUUCGAAUGGACGAAAACACUCUAGCUCUGAAAGCACUAAAUCCACGGCUACCCUUUUUACCAACUGGACGAAGGAGUACUGACUAAAUCUUAAUAUUCACGUCGAUGGUACAUCAAUACCGACUGUGAAUAACCCCAAGAUUUUAGGUGUCACAUUUGACAGUGUGCACUCCUUCACUCCGCACACGACCACGAUAAUCACUAAUGUACAGAGCCGCAACAAAAUCCUCAAGUCGCUAGCCGGUAGCACUUGAGGAAAGGAUAAAGAAACGUUACUGGCCACUUAUAAGGCUAUCGGCCGGCCGGUCAUAAAUUACGCAGGUAUGGUCGCUUGGAUGCAGCGGCACGCAGCGGGAAUAUACAGGAAGACGUGUCAGAACACCGCACUCCGGACAGUCACUGGAUGCCUCUUGAUGUCACCCGAAGCACAUUGGCACAAUGAGGCCACUAUGCUGCCUAUAAAGGGACAUAAUGAACUGCUUACCAAGUAGUUUCUAUUAGGGUGCUUUCGUAUAAAUCACCCAUGUAGUCACUCCUACAAUACGUCGACGAUCUAGAACAAUACACCGACCAGACCGCGGACGCAGACAGUUUCAGACACGCUAUAAACGCUAUUCACAGUUGAGCUAUUAACACCUUCCUUGACUAACUUCCAGUGAAUGGCAUCCUUGGAAUCAAACUACCACCUUUAACAGACGAAGAGCUCGAGUUGCCACGUGAAACCAGGCUGAGCCUUGCGCAACUUCAUUCUGGAUAUUGUAGCAGGUUAAACUCCUUCUUAUCUAGACUGAAACGCCGAUAUACAAAAUACAUGUCCUGCAUGCAACGAGUUCCCGCAUGACAAUUAUCACCUUUUUGCAUGCCCAACGAACCCUGCUCAAACAGCCGUCCAAACAGCAUAUUUCCUGGGCCUCCCGUUAGAUGACCUCGACGACAACUAGACUUAUGCUUUCCGUUCCGGCAGGGAUAGAUAUAGAUAAUCGCUACUACAACAACAACUAACUAGAAUUCGAAAUUUCAGUAGAGAUAUUUAUAUCUUUCGAGUGAUAUAGAUUUGGUUGAUUUUUUGAUGGGCUACUGAAGUGUGAAAAUAUGCCAUACGAAAUCGAAGAAAAAAAACUGAAAGUCUUAAAACACAUGUCUUAUUUUUUCACAGUGCAUAUUCUUCUUUGCUCGUGUACGCUCAUUUCCACCACAAAGUGUUCAUCAAAGUCAAUUUGGCAAGACAGGUGUAUACAAGUGCGUGCUCUUCCAUGCGUAACUAUUUACCUCUAGACAUUUUCAGUAAAGUACGAUCAGCUGAAAGACCUGGAAGCACAAAAGUGGUUCAAGAAACCUUAAAAUUCCAUUCAUAUAAACAAUAAUAAAUAAAUAAUACUUAUUAAUAAUUAUUUCUUAAUACAUAGUUAAUGCAAAUAAUAAACGCGUUUUUCAUUUAAUUAAAAAUUGUGUUUGAAAAACAAAUAUACUCGAGAACUAAGAAAAAGUAAAGUGUGUGUGAUUUCGAAAAUCGCUGAUGCAUGUCCAUUUAGUUGUUGCGAAAACAGUAAAGUGCCUCAAAGAAAAUGAUUAAAUCCGCUAAGCAAAAGGCUUGCAUCGAAAUGACGGGAUCAAAGUUGAAAAUAAGAACAAAUACACUGGAACAGUCGAAUAUCAAGGAGUCGAAUUCAAAUGGAUAUAAAUUAGGCUCCGAUGAAACUCAACUCGGCGGAAAUAUAUUAAUUGGAAAUUAUGAUUUUUUAAAAGAAUUGGAAAUCACUGAUAAUGGCAUGGAUAUUCUUGAUUUGAGCUCUUUGGUGCAACUGGAGACCCUCACAUGCAAUCAUAAUAAAUUAAAGGAAUUGAUAAUGAACGGAAAAUGUUUAAAAACUUUAACGGCAAGACACAACAAUCUCGCUACAAUAAAAGCAUUGUCUUCGCCAUCACAGCUUGUAAAUAUCGACAUCUCAUAUAACGAUUUCGAAGAGCUACCGGAUUGGUUGGGAGCCUGCAGCAACUUGGAGUGUUUAUAUGUCGAACACAAUCGACUCUGGACUAUUGACAAUAUAUUCGCUACGGACGGUUUCCAUAAAAUGCACACAUUCAGCUUGGCCUACAAUCAACUGACGACUUUAAGUGUUUCAACAUUAAUUUUCGGCGCUGUCGCACAUUUAUACUUGCAAUGCAAUAAAUUACAAAAGUUACCAGACAACUUCUUUGCCAUAACGCAUAAAACGUUGAAGCUACUGAAUAUCUCGUGCAAUAACCUGUGUGCGAUCGGUAGUAAUCAAGAGACAAAGGAUGGCUGGUGCUUGGAAGAGUUAUAUCUCUCGAAUAAUAAUCUUAACGAGAGUAUAUUCUCCGUUAUUGUGGCUGCACGAGAGUUACGCAUCUUACACGCAGCUUACAAUAAUAUCCGAGAAUUACCUGAAAAUGUUAUACGAAACUGGUGUGAUUUAGAAGUGCUCGUUUUAUCGGGGAAUAAGCUACAACAUUUACCCGAAAAUAUUUGCGUGCUCACAAAAUUAGAAGUUUUGCGUACACAUUCGAAUCUUCUGCACACAACGCCAAACCUUUCAAAACUAGUGAAUCUGAAAGUUUUGGAUUUGGCACAUAAUCAGUUGGAUCAUGUCAAUCUCUUGAGUAUUAUGCCAAAAAAUAUAAAAUACUUGGAUUUAUCAUGUAACCUACAAUUACAAUUCGACGAGCGCCAAGUGCAGAUGUGUCAGUCAUUGAAGAAAAUGAGCUUAGUGGACGUAACUGGUAAAAAUCGCGCCUGUUUGCCAACAAACAAAUUGGCGGAAAUGAAAGAUAGUAACAUGCUGAGACAACCCUGGACGACGGGAUUUACCGAGACGACUGGUAAAUGUCGGAAACUAUUAGUUAAACAAAUACGUCUGUGUAAUUUUGCAGAAGAUGAAGGUCUAUUCGGUAUGCUCGAAUCGACUACUUUGGGUGCAGUCACAACGGCGCUGGUUAAUUUGGUACCACAAAUCUUGUUACACGAGCGUAGUGUAAAAGAAACCGCUAAAGAAUAUAUGAAAUAUACAUUAUUGUCGGUAUAUCAGCGUUUGACAAGCGAGCGAGGCUGUGAUAUGAAUGUUGCGCUGUGUCACAUCGCCAAAGAGAGCACUGGCUUCAAGGAUUACGUGAGACCAAAGCGAAGUAAACGUUUCGUUUUACGCGUUGCCAGUAUUGGUAAUAUAGAGGCGCAUCUGGUGCGUAAAACAUCAACUAUUUGUCUGACAAGUGACAGUUAUAAUGCCGCGUUGACACAAGCUGAAAGCUGUAAAGACUCGGUGAAUGCAUUUAUCACAGAUCCCACAAUACACGAAACGUUUUUAAGCAACGACGAUGAAUUCUUAGUGAUAUGCAAUGCGAACCUUUGGCGUGUUAUGGAUAUCGAACGCGUCACACAGGAGAUACGACGAGAAGAGAAUAUAGUAUUAGCUGCUAAACGCUUGCAAGAUAUUGCACAAAGCUUCGGCGCAGAUGAGAAUCUUAGCGUUAUAAUCGUACGUUUUAGAUAUAUCGGCACCGAUGUGGAUGAUCUGCUAAAAGAGCUGAAACAAACGGUACGCAAUAAUCCAAUUUCGCAAAAUAUGAAUUGCGAUGAUAAAUACUCAAUCGGUAGUCAGCGCUUAAUUGGGCGUUGUUCGCCACGUCAGAUCUUAAUGGGCGCAGUAAUGAAAAACGAUCGGUCCUCACCAAGUGGACAAAGCGAUCAAGCUCAAAACUAUCUCAAUAAAGGUGUACAUGGCGAAGAGUAUGCCUUUGCGACCGAACAUGUGCUGGAAGAGGACGACGAUGAAUUGGAAAUUUUACAUGAAACCGAUUCAGUGCUGUCAGAGGAACAAUUCAAAUGUUGGGAAUACAUGUUGGAACAAAAUACGCAGCUACUCUUCGAUAAAGAACUCAAUACAAUAUCUAAAUCGAUAACGAAGACGCCCAAUAGUGGGUUGCCAGCCGAGCUUAAUAUCGGGCUGGAUAAAAAUGAAUAUAAAGAGAGCAAUUUAAUAAAAAGUUUUGGCAAUCGUUUUAUAUCGCACAGUUCGCCUCAAUUACUAUAUAGUGAAAUUAAAAAACCGCUUACAACAUUUACACACAAACAUCAGGACAAACGUCAGCAACGGCAACAACAGCAGCAACAACAAAAGCAUCAACAACAAGUAUCGUUUCUGUCAAAACACUUCGGCAGCUGUCGCUCAUUCCAAACACAAUCCAGAUAUAAUCUAUUCGAAUCGAAAAGUCAAAAUUCGGUAAAUGUUGGCCUCAGUUCGAAGUGGAGUGGUGGUCCAAAUGCUGCCUACUUUGGUUCGCUACAACGCCUGAUGCCAUACAAUCUGGAAUAUGAUUUCACAGUCACACAAGAUCGCACAGCAUUCAACGAGGAAGAUGAUGAAUAUGAUGAGCAGGAGGAUCGCAUGAAAAAGUAUUGGGGUAUAGCGACGACAGAACUCUAGAUGUAAAAAUAUAUGUAUUAGUAUUGGGUGUAUAUAUGUACAUAUUUUUGUUGGCAUUCGCUAAUGUGAAAUCUGCUUUUGGAUUGCAAUUUAAUUGGUUGUACAACAAAUAUUAGUAAAUCAAACAAAAUUGUUGCAAAAUUUAUAUUACGGUUUUAUAUUUAAUAUAUAAAAAUGUUCGAAAAAGGUUGCCAUAUGACACUUAAAAUGUUACGUCCAACUCUGAUGAAAAUAAUGGCUGGUGCAUAUUUUGAAAAUAUAAACAAUAGGUUUUAGAAUUUGACAACUUGUUAUGUCAAAGUUAAUAUUUACUUACAAUAUUAUAAUUAUGUCGUUUUGUCAUCAAUACAUUUUUUUCAUUUUGAAAUUAGGCUAAUAUUUGAAAAAGACAUAUAUUUUUUAUAUUUCGAAUUAAAUUUUGUAUAUUGUACUUAAUAAUUUAAAAACAUUUCAAUCAUUUUCUAAAAUUUUAAAAUUCUCAUAAUAAGUCUAUAACACUUAGGCGAUAUGUUGUUACAAGGUGAACAUUCAAGGAAAUAUGCUUUACAAAAUGAAAAUCAAUUAAUCUUUUUUCUAUUUUACUUUUUAUAUUCAUUUUAAUGCUAGAAAC